AUGUUAGCAAAUCAUCAACCUGCCAAAUCGCCCACUCCAGGACCUUUAGUGAGGCCCUUUGCCAACUUGAUGAGUUCAACCAGUAAUACACCAGGUGCGGAAUCCAUAGGGAGAGGAGUGGCAGUUGAUCCGAUCACUUUGGUUAUCAACGAGUGUAUGGCAAUGGCGGCUGCCAUGAGGAAAAUGAGUAGAUGGUCUCAAUCUGGUGUAGCUGCCAUAUUAGGCACGGGUGAUAUUUUCGGGACUGGUGAAGAAGAUACUAUUAAUACUUUGGCAUCUAAUUUAAGUAAUAAUAGGAAAACUGUUGAUGAUAAUCCAUUAUCUUCUAGUUUCUUACAAUUAAGGACCAUUUUAACUGAAGCUAAGGAUGUAUAUGAGAUCGAUAGUUUAACCAUGUUACAACCCUUCCUAUUGGUUGUAAAAUCAGCUUCUACUUCAGGUUAUAUCACUUCUAUGGCUUUGAAUGCAAUUUCCAAAUUCAUAGAUUAUGAAAUCAUUUCAUUUAAAUCUAAGAAUCUUCAACAAACAUUAAUUCAAAUCAUCACUUCCUUAACUCAUUGUCGAUUUGAAGCUGCUGAUCAAGAUUCAGAUGAUGCAGUUUUAUUGAAAGUUUUAAGAUUGUUGGAAGAUAUUGUUAAAAGUCCCUUCUCAAACUUACUUCCUAAUGAAACUGUGUCUGAGGUGAUUCAAACUUGUCUUUCAUUGGCUUGUAAUAAGAAAAGAAGUGAAGUAUUACGAAGAGCUGCAGAAAUGGGUAUGUCCUCAAUAACUUUCCGUAUCUUCAAUCAAUUGAAAUAUAUUGAGCCUGAAAAAAUAACAGAUGAAGAAUUACCAACAGAUUUUCCCAAUACCCAAUUACCUGCGGAUAUUAUUGGUGGAACUGAAGGAGGAGCCGAAACUCCAGUAACUAAUGAAAAACAAGAAUCUGUUAAAGAUGAAUUUCCAGUUAGCCAAAUGAAACCCGAACCUGAACCUGAACAUGGUCAAGAGCAAAAGGAUUAUCAACACCCACAAAUAGAGUCAAAAUAUACAGAGGAACCAUUUGGCAUCACCUGUUUGGUUGAAUUCAUGAGUAUUUUAGUAUCCAUGAUAAGUCCAUCUAAUCAAUAUCAACAUAUGGAAAGUACUCGUGUGUUUGCCUUAACCCUUGUUAAUACAUCUCUUGAGGUAGCAGGGACAGAAGUACCAAAUCAUCCAUCAUUAAUGAAUAUAGUUUCUGGGCCAAUUGCUAAACAUGUGCUUCAAAUAAUGACAACUACUGAAUCUCCAGCAUUAUUAAAGGCGUCCCUUCAGUUAUUUUCAACUAUUGCUAUUGUUUUAGGAAGACAAUUGAAAUCCCAAAUUGAAUUGUCAUUGACCCUUUUGUACCAAUCCAUUUUACCAGAGAAGAAGGCAAAUGACAAGCUUACUGAUAGAAAUAAUAUAACCACUAGAACCUCACUUACUAAAGAAAUGCUUAUUGAGUCUUUCUCCUUAAUGUGGACAAGAACUCCAGUCUUUUUCACCCAUUUAUUUAUUGAUUAUGAUUGUGAUUUCGAACGGACAGAUUUAUCGACAAGAACACUUGAGUUUUUGUGUGCUCUUGCAUUACCAGAGUCUGCUGCUACUUCAACCGAUAAUGUUCCUCCAAUUUGUUUAGAGGGAAUCUUGUCAUUUAUUGGAGGAAUAAAUGACCGAAUCAAAAAUGUUAAUGCUGACGUUAAUUCUAUCCCAUUGCAUCAAUUAAUCAUUGAUCGCCAACAAAAGACUUCAUUUAUUAGAUGUACGGAGAUUCUCAAUGAUAAGCCCAAGGAAGGUAUAAUUGCACUUCAAGAACUGGGUUUUAUAAAGGACAAAGAUGAUAUUCAUGAAGUAGCAGAAUUCUUCUUCACCAAAUCAGGGAGAUUGAAUAAGAAAGUACUUGGUGAAUUCUUGGCGAAACCAGCUAAUAAACCAAUAUUACAAGAGUUUAUUGGUUUGUUUGAUUUCUCCAAUUUACGUGUGGAUGAAGCAAUUAGAGUUCUAUUAAAAAGUUUUAGGUUACCUGGAGAAGCCCAACAAAUUGAAAGAGUGGUUGAAUUGUUUGCUGGAAGAUACGUUGAAUGUAUUGAUACAACAAAUGAAUCUGAAGACUCAAUUGCUCCGGAUCGUGAUUCUGUUUUUGUUUUAUCAUUUUCCAUUAUUAUGUUGAACACUGACUUGCAUAAUCCUCAAGUUAAGAAACCCAUGCAAUUUAGUGAUUACAAGAACAAUGUAAGAGGAUGUUAUAAUGGUAAGGAUUUCCCAGAUUGGUACUUAACCAAGAUCUAUAAUGGUAUUAAGGACAGAGAAAUUAUUAUGCCCGAAGAACAUCACGGAACAGAUAAAUGGUUUGAUGAUGCAUGGCAUAAUCUUAUUUCAAGUCGAAAGACAACUUAUGAUGCUCUUGACUUUGAUUUACCUCAAAUCUGUCAAUUUGACAAGGUAUUGUUUAGUUCAACUGUUGACAAAUUAAUUGAUACUAUCUUUGACGUGUACCGAUCUGCAUCUGAUGAUCAUGUGAUCACCAGUUUAAUGUCAACUGUUGAUAAGUGCGUGAACAUUUGCUUAUUUUAUAACUUGGAGGAAGCUACUGAUAAAAUUAUUUACAAUUUGGUUGAGUUGACCUCUUUAAGUGGAGAAGUUAGAAGAAUCGCCACAAAUGAUGAUCUUCGAGAAGAUAUUCCUGUAACUCAAAUUAGGAUUGACAAGAAGGAAGAAGUCAUUACUGUGAGUAACAUGUCUGUGCUGUUUGGAAGAGAUUUUAAAGGGCAAUUAUCGGCAGUUGUUUUAUUCCGAUUAUUGAAGAAGAAUAAAUGCAAGGUGAGCCCAGCAUGGGACAAAGUUUUGGCCAUUAUUUUACGACUUUUUGAAAGUUGUUUGAUCAACCCCAAUAUUUUCACUGAGUUCCAAAAGAAACUCAUUCUUGAACCACUCCCCAAUGUUAAACCUCGUUAUAUUAUCAACAGAUCUAAACCAUUGAAUAAUACAGGAAUAUUGUCAACAUUUUCAUCCUUUUUAAGAGGUUAUUCUGAUGAACCACCAGAACCAACAGAACAAGAAAUUGAAUCUACCUUAUCAACAAUUGAUUGCAUAAACUCCAUCAACAUUUCAAGCAUUUUCGAAUCAAUUUCUAAGUCGAAACCUGAUUUACGAGCAUUUAUUGAACUUUCAUUGCAAGCUAUUCCUACUCCGUCAUCGGAGAACAAGCGAGUAUUUGAACCAGAAGUGUUAUUCUUGUUUGAAAUACUUGUUUGCUUUUCAUUACUCCUUGAUGAUAAAAGUGUUACCAGAAAAGUUAAUGAUGCUAUUAAAUUGGAUUGGGAUAUAAAUAAAAAGGGUAAGUUGAGAUUGGUUGUCUAUAAGUUUUUAUUGGCAAGACAAACCGAAACUGAAGAUUUAUUGGAUACACUUAAGUUUUUAACUGAAACAUUUGAUAAGGACUCAUUACAGAAAUACGGGGAACCAGCAUUUCUGCCAUUGAUUUCACUUGUUGAUGAUGAUAGUUGGUGCUGUGAACAAUUACUUAACAAUGAACAAUAUUGGAAUUCAUGGAGGAUGUUUGCACCUGGUCAGCAAUUCACCAAAAGAAUCUUACAACUUUUAGAAGAUUUGAUUAAAGGACCACGGAAAUUUAUUAAUCCUAAUAAUUAUAUUUCAGUUUUGGGACUAUUAGAUGAAAUUUCUUCACUUAGUUCCUUCGUGGCUCGCUAUGAACAAGAGGAUCCCGAAGAAAAGAAGAAGAGAACUGAAGAACAAAUUGGAGUUUUCAAGGAAUUGGUGGAAAUGGGUAAGAUUUCCAUCUCAUUAACUGCCGAAUUACCCAAUACGAUUAAUCCAACUGAAUUUAAGGAUGGCAUAGAACCAUAUGCUCAUAUUCAAGCAUUGGCUCAUCAAUGUUUCAAUCCAUGUCGUGAGAUCCGUGCAUUUGCUCUUUCGGUGUUACAGGCUAAGGUUAUUAACAUUGAUGAUGAAAAAGAUUAUUUAACACCAUUAGGAAUAUUUGACAAUGGGUUACUUCCAUUAUUGGCCGAGUUAUCUAAGCCAGAAGUUCUUUCAACUGACCCAAGUGGGUUCCCAAUGACUCAAAGUGAAGCUUCUUCACUCGUGAGUAAAGCAUUCUUGCAACACAUAACUCAAAUGCCCGUUAAUGACGUUCAUAGCAUCUGGGCCAGGAUCUUAGAUGGUUUCCUUGCCUUUACUAAAGUAGAGCAGUCGUCCAAGGUACAAGAGGUUCAAGCUGAAGUAUUGAAGAAUAUGAUUUUAGUUUUACAAAGUCAUAAAUACUUGGAACAAGGUACACCUAUUUGGACUGAAUCUUGGCAAAAAGUUGCCGUCAUUGCACCUUUGCUUAAAGGGGAGUUUGAUAUUGAAAGUGGUGUAACUCAGAACGAGGAGAAAUCAGUUCCAAUAGCAGAAGCUGUAUAA